UUUUGUUCACAACUUUCUUGGGAACUAAAUCAUAAGCCAACAAAGAGAAAAAAAACAAGAAUAUUUAAGGAAAGAUUUCUGCGAGAACAUGGAUGAAUCUGAGAAACUCUCCUACCAAGAGGAAAGCCAGAAUUUGGAAACCACCACGAACGAGGAGACUCCUGCUGAUGCUACUGCCGCCGGUGGCGAACAGAGUUCAGACUUGUUGAAAAAAGAAUUGGACAGUCUAGAAAAAAUGGUGGUGGAAAAGCUGAAUUCUGAUGAAACCAAGGCUACCAUUGAAUCAGUAGUAGUUAACCCUGCGGUAUCAUUGGCACAAGGCUUCACACAAUCUGCAAAGGGCUUGGUUAAUAAAGUAGAGGGCAAGAUUGAGACAUGGUCCUCUUUACUACACAAGAAGCAGACAAAUGGGACUGAGGAAACUGAUUCAUUGCCUACUUCAGAUGGCCAUGUUGGAGAGUCAUCAGCAGCAGACACAGAGAAAUAUGUCAAAGUUCCAGAGCCAACCAAUAAUGGGGAUCAUGAGCAAACUCCUAGAAGCACUGAGAAUCAGUCACUUGUUGGAGUGACCCCUCAGACUACGACUUCAUGGAUGAACUGUUGUGGUUUACUUGAAUUUCUUGUGAGAAAAUCAGAUCAAUAAUUAUUGGACAAAAAGAGUUGCUAAGCAGAUUGUGUUGGUUCGUGAUGUAGUGUGUGCAGAAUAUUGCAGAGUGAUCUUAGAAUUUAUCUUCUUUUUAACUAAUGUAAUAAAGUUAUGAAAAUUAAUGUGCUUGUGAGAGGGCUUUGUUUCUUCAUUUUCUGUUUCACGUGUAUGUUCUUAAAAUAUCGAUCCAAGAAUGACUAUUCUGAGUUUUGAGUAUGAUUUGCUAA